AUGAAGUCUAUUGCCCUGUUGACGGCCUCUGCACUGCUGGGCAGUGCCUCUGCUGAGGUUCACAAGCUGAAGCUCAACAAGGUUCCCCUCAGCGAGCAGCUCGAUACCCACAACAUCGACGCCCAUGUCCGUAACUUGGGUCAGAAGUACAUGGGAAUCCGCCCCGAACAACAUGAUCAGUUGUUCCAGGAGACUUCCUUCAAGCCUAAUGCUGGCCAUGAUGUCCUGAUCACCAUCGGUACUCCUCCUCAGACUUUCAAGGUUGUCCUUGAUACUGGUAGCUCUAACCUCUGGGUUCCGUCGUCGAGCUGCAACUCGAUCGCCUGCUUCCUUCACAGCAAGUACGAUUCAUCCUCGUCCUCAACUUACCAGAAGAAUGGCACCGAGUUCUCCAUCCAGUAUGGCUCUGGUAGCCUGAGCGGUUUCGUCUCUCAGGACACCGUUCAGAUUGGCGACCUGAAGAUCAAGGAGCAGGACUUCGCUGAGGCUACUAGCGAGCCUGGUCUGGCCUUUGCUUUCGGUCGGUUUGACGGUAUCCUGGGUCUGGGAUACGAUAGAAUCUCCGUCAACGGGAUUGGUCUGCUGGACGCGCCUGUCUUCGCAUUCUACCUGGGUGAUUCUACCAAGGAAGGUGACAACUCCGAGGUCACCUUCGGUGGUGUUGACGAGAGCCACUAUGAGGGCAAGUUGACCACCAUUCCUUUGCGCCGCAAGGCCUACUGGGAGGUUGAACUCAACGCCAUUGCUCUGGGUAACGAGGUUGCUGAGCUCGACAACACUGGUGUCAUCCUUGACACUGGUACUUCUCUCAUUGCUCUGCCCUCUACCAUGGCUGAGCUCUUGAACAAGGAGAUUGGUGCCACUAAGGGCUUCACUGGACAGUACAGCGUCGAGUGUGAGAAGCGUGGCUCCCUGCCUGAUCUCACCUUCACCCUGAGCGGCCACGACUUCACCAUCACUCCCUACGACUACAUCCUGGAGGUCCAGGGCUCUUGCAUCAGUACUUUCAUGGGUAUGGAUAUGCCUGAGCCUGUUGGUCCCCUGGCCAUCUUGGGUGAUGCUUUCCUGCGCAAGUACUACAGUGUUUACGACCUGGGCAAGGGUACCGUUGGUCUGGCCAAGGCCAAAUAA